AUGGUGCUAGGACGUAAAAAACGACGAAUAUGUACAAACUUUCCUCCUGUCAUUGCUGUUGUAGUACCGAAUGAAAUUAUUGCCUAUUGUACGACAGAAUUGAAGCUAGAGUCAGCUGAUACUUACAAGCUAUUGCAAGAGUUAAAAAAUUUAAUUCUCAUGCUUUUGUAUCAAGACAUUUCUGAUCCUAAAAGAAUUUAUAGCCUAUUUCCAGACGAUUUUCAUAAGAACUUAAGAGAACUCUUAUCUAAAAUUUUAGCAGAAUCGAUGCCAAAAUGGAAAGCAUCGGCCAUAAACAGACAAGUAUCUUUGCCUCGUCUUGAGGAUUUCGAUUGGCGUGUAGAUUUAAAAGUUUCGUCAGAUACCAUCAAUCGAAUGGCAAUGCCAACUUGUAUAAUGCAAUUGAAGAUUCAACAAAAUCAAGAAGAAACGAAACUAUUGCCUCCUCAACAAUGCAUUAAUUUGGAACUUAGCAAGGAAACCAUAGAUACUAUGUUAGAUGGCUUAGGGAAAAUUAGGGAUCAGUUAUCUUCUGUAGCUGAAAAUGAAAUUCAUGCUAAAUCUUCAUAA